UUGGGUUUCAGAUGAUUAGUGAUUUUUAAAAAAAAUCUUAUUUUCAGUUUGUAUUUAAUAGGAUCUGGUCUUUUUCCAAAAUGGAUCUGUUCUGGUCCCUAUUCUUUAUUCUGGGGUUACCCCACCUUGUAGAAGGCUUUAUCUGUCCAAAUGAUACUCAUUGUGUGACGUCACUUCUAGUCCAAAGUGCAUUCACCAUGAUUUAUCCCUCCAAAGGGCCUGUUUAUGCAGAUAACGGAUCAAUCUAUCCAGUAAAUUCUGGUGAGGACUCCGUAAAUGCAUUGAAUUUAACAAACGUUAUAACUGUAGAUGGAUGGAAUACAACAAGAAGUCUGAUUACGGUUAACGGGACCAUGCCAGGACCGCCAAUCUUUCUGUAUCAGAACCAGACCAUCACCAUCAUAGUCAAGAAUAAUCUAAUAAACGAAGCGGUCACCAUACACUGGCACGGGAUAGAUCAGCUGGGAUGGCCGGCGAUGGAUGGCGUGGCUUUUGUGUCACAGUGUCCUAUUUUACCUGGACAGUCUUUUAAUUAUACCUUCAAGCCUCGUUUUAGUGGUACCUAUUGGUAUCACUCCCAUAUGGGUAACCAAAGAGACAUGGGGUUAUACGGAGCGUUUAUAGUCCUAAGAAGAGAGAAUGAAAUUCCAAUACCCCAACAACAUAUCAUUCAGCUCAUGGAAUGGAACCAUUUAUAUAAUCCUGUUACGUUGAUAAAAGCUAAUCUAACUGAUAAGCUUAAGGCAGCCAAUUCCGUUCUUUUAAAUGGAAGAGGGGAAUUCGAGAACAACAAGGCACCAUUGGAAACAUUUAAUGUUGACAAAAAUGAAACGCACCUCUUUCGAAUGAUAGGGGUAGGAUCUGAAGAUACCCUCCUAUUCUCUGUUCCAGGAUUACGUCUCAUUGUUAAAGAAACUGACGGAUACGAAUUCAUACCGCGAAUAGUUGAUAGAAUCAUCAUAUAUCCUGCAGAGAGAUAUGAUUUUGAGCUUGACUUACAAUAUGCCACUGAAGGAACUUAUGAUAUUACCGUGCAUAUCCUUAAAGACUCUAACAUGACAAUUCGGGAAGACGUUAUUGGACGUGGUUACAUCAAAGUUACUAACAAAAACUCAUUGCAAACAAUACCGUUAAAUAGAGACACUGAAGUGAUUUUGAAUUGUCCAUUUCAAGAGUACCCAAUGAAUCCAAACUUCACCUGUCUACCCGUUUCUGAACUGAAAUCAAAAAACCCUGGGAACGGCUUUGAAUUUGAUACGAUAGGAGUUCAAAGAACAGAAGAAACAUACACUCAUUUUUUAAACUUUGGUUUUCCAAAUUCUUCAUCAUCAAUUAACGGUCGAAAAUUUAUUUGGCCGACAGUUUCCGCUCUUUCACAGCCUGGUGAUCUUGACACGUCGUGUGACGGAUGUGACGCUGAGCAUUCCUGUGAAUGUCAUCACUCCCUGGAACUGAAGUCAGGCUCCGAGGUCAUUAUGAUUCUCAGUAACUUAGGAACCGGUAUGGCUAUCACACAUCCCGUGCAUAUGCAUGGUCACACCUUUGAGGUUCUAAAAAUAGGCUUUCCGUCUGUUUCACCUAAUGGCGAUCUGUUAGCCAAUGAGGAUAUUCAAUGCAAUGCGACCAUGCUAAAUAAUCAGAGUCAAUGUAACAUUGCCAGAUGGAGGAACACGACCUGGGAUGACUAUAAAAAGAUUCCUGGAAUAAACCUGGUAGAUCCAGUUCGUAAAGAUACCAUAAUAUGCCCUUACGGAGGCUACUCAAUCAUUCGGAUUCGGGCCACGAACCCAGGCGUCUGGUUUAUGCAUUGCCACAUCGACCCACAUAUGGUCUCAGGGAUGGCGCUUAUGUUAAACGAGUCAUUUGAACAUAUUGACAAAUUAUUGCCUGAAGGACUCCCGACUUGCCAUGGCUUUAGUGGUAAAACUCCCUCCGUAAUGUCCCUCCCGGCACAGGCUGAAGCUCAAGAUACCUCUAACCAAUCAAGCAAUAAUGACGUCACAGUGAUUGUUUUGGGAGUGUUGGUUGGACUGCUUUCUCUCGCCCUUAUUGCGGCUUGUGUAAAACUUAUUAGAAAUCAGAGGCAGCACGACACUGGUCAAUCUUUGCAAAUGCAACCAGUAUCUAGUUAAUUCUUCAAAUUAAUUAUAUAUUUAAUGCAAAUACAUGUAAUAUUAUUAGUAUUUAUUACCUAUAUGAUCAUAAUACGUGCUAUGAUUUUCCUUUGAUUUAAUACUCAUAGCUUAUUUUUUGCUUUUAAAAUAUUUUGAAGAAUUUACAUUUACAUUUUCACUUUCUAUUAAAUAUACAAUUUUUUGAAGUCUACAUGGUAAUUUUAAGGUAUCUA